GGAGAGGUCGGUCAACGUGUCGGAGCCCGAGUCAUUGGAGCUGAUGGUUUCCAACCUGAAGCCAGAGGAGGGUUAUAGCUUCCGAGUCAUUGCUUACAAUGACGUUGGACCAGGAGAAAGCUCCGCCCCCUUGAGGAUCACCACCAAACCAGACCUCCAGGUACCCAGUAGGAUAGACUCGCUACGGGCCGAAGCUCUGUCACCAACCUCCAUCCAGGUAAAUUGGGACCCCCCCAGUGCUCCAAAUGGACCAAUCUUGGGCUACAGAAUUCUCUGGACAGAGAGCCUCUCAAGCAAGGACCAGAGCAUCGAUGUCAACGGGCUGAACUACAAGAUGGAGGGACUCAAUAAAUUCACACAGUACACAGUUUCCGUUUUGGCUAUCAACCGCUUUGGACCUGGCACUCCCUCAGAGAAUAUCAUCAUCACCACCCAAUCUGAUG